UCACUUUGGUCAGCGCGCUCGUCCUUGCCGCUGUCGCCAACGUUGCCGCCCUAGACGAGCCCGUCCCUACCGGGUUAGUCGAGAUUGACCAUGGCCUCGUUGUGUCAGCCCCUGCUGAGUCAGCCGCCGUCGAAUCUGCCGAUGCCACGAACCUCGUCGCCAUCGUCCAAGACUUUGAGAAGCUUGUGCACAAAGGAAUGCAAGACUUCCAGACGAUCAUGAGCUUGGUCGAUCAGAUUCGAAACAUCGCCAUGAUGGGCCUCAACCGCACAAACGGCCAGCAAUUCGUCGCGGCCAUCAAAAUCGCUAUCCAACGUGACGAUCUCCGCGUAAAGGACGGCAAGGACCUGUUGAAAGAUAUCAAGGACAUCGUCGCCCGUGGGCAUAUUGCUGGUCCCCAAGCGGUCGCUGACAUCAUGAAGGUCUUCCAAGGCGGAAUGAAACUUACAACGGUUGCAGAUCUCAUCAGCGACCUACAAAAAGUCAUUCAAAAUGCCAGCAAGGACGUCGAGACGACGCUCAAAUUGGUCAAUGUGCUCCAAAGGAUCCAAAGUGAGGGAGUCAACAUCUUUAGCUUGCCGGGAUUGGUAUUGGAAAUUCAACCGCUCAUCACGGCUGGCACCUUGUUCGUCAAGGACGCUGCCAACCUUGUCCGUACGAUCCAAAUCAUUGCGAAGAAUGGCAUAUCGCUGAGAGAUAGCAUCCUUGUCUUGGACGCGAUCCUAACGGCGUUGCAAGAAGCGCUGGCCCCGUUUGACACGAACCGAAUGGUCUGCCGUCGCUCGGGCGAAGGGCGCGGCGUGGGCACUGUUUUCGAAAUCCAGUGCAAGGAGGACGAAGAAGCGUACGGGGCCCUGUGCUACCCGAGGUGCAAGGAAGGGUACGAGAAGGUCGGGUGCUGCAUCUGCCGCAAGAAGGGCUGCAGCGGCGUCGAGGGCGUCACGGAUAUUGGCGUGUCGUGCACAAAGCCCGCCGCGUACGGCCGCGGCGCCGGCUACGCCUUGUGGCAAGAAGACAAGUGCAAGAAGGAGAACGGCGGCACGUGCGAGAAAUAUGGCUUGAUAUGGUACCCCCAGUGCAGGUCUAGUUUCCACCCUGUCGGCUGCUGCAUUUGCUCGCCGGAUUGCCCUGCUGGUACGAUUGACGAUGGCGCGUUCUGCCGCAAGGACUGGUACAGUGUCGGUGUCGGUGUGUCUCGCUUGGGAUGCCCCGCUGGCAAGGAACAGAGUGGUGCGUUGUGCUACCCUCCCUGCUCCGGCACUCUUAUCGGCGCUGGUCUUUUUUGCGUGCCGAAAUGCAAUGGCGCUACUCCGUUCCAUUGUGGCCUCUUUUGCACGUCGUCAGCUAUAACCUGCUCCACGUCGAGUAUUAAAGUUGCUGGCUCGGUUGUCAAGGUUGCCUUGAAUGUGCUCGACGCGGACGUCCUUGGCGCUUUGAGUGGAGUUGUCCAAGCCGGCGGCAACUACAUCAAGGUCUCGCGUUGCCCGUCCAACAUCGCCAGGCUGCCAUGAGCUACCGGGCCAGCAUGACGGGCCACGCCGGAGCCGACACUGCGUCACGGAGGCGCUUGCAUACCUUUGUGUACACAACUAGGAUGGAUUGGUGUGAAAUGCUAUGUAUCUUGUAUGCAGC